AGCUCCGCCCCGUGAGUCCUGCCCCACCGGCAGCCCGCCGGGCCCGGUGGCCGCGGGGCCGCCUCUACUGGCUAGCGGCAGUGACUCGGCGACCUUGAACCUAGAACCGGAGCCGCGAACCCACUGACCCCAGCACCCCAGCAGUGGCGCAGUCUUUACCCAGCGCGAGGGGCGGAGCGGACCAAGUGUCCGCAAACAGACUGGGACGAUGUUAGCCUUUGCUGCCAGAACCGUGGUGAGUUCGCCCAGCAGGGCCAUGGACGGGACAAGACGGGCGGGCCUCCAGCAACGGUCAAGAAAACCCCAGACCGGCUGGUAGGGUGCGAUCUGCAAGGUGGAUAAAGGAGACCAGAAGACAGGAGAGAGCUCCCAGUCUCCUCUUACCUCAGUACCUACUUCCAGCCCACUUACCUGCCUUACUCCUCCUCUUCUGGAGGCUAGCGAGAGGCAGAGCGGCAUCUGCAGCCCCACAGCUACCACUGCUCCAGCCUUAGAUGCUACCACGCCAGUGGCUACUGCCUCACCACCCUUCACGCCUGAAUUGUAAAACCCCUGGGCCUCCUCAAGCCCUCCUCCUUGAUGAAGGUUUCUGGUCGCUUCAAGGCCCACCAAGAUGCACUGCCAAGGCUGCCUGUGCCCCCACUUCAGCAAUCCCUGGACUAUUACCUCAAGGCACUGCAGCCCAUCGUGAGUGAGGAAGAAUGGGCUCACACCAAGCAACUGGUGGAUGAGUUUCAGACCUCAGGGGGCGUAGGGGAACGCCUACAGAAGGGACUGGAGCGCAGGGCCAAGAAAAUGGAGAACUGGCUGUCCGAGUGGUGGCUCAAGACAGCCUAUCUCCAGUUCCGCCAGCCUGUGGUCAUCUACUCCAGCCCAGGAGUGAUCCUGCCCAAGCAGGACUUUGUGGAUCUACAGGGUCAGCUUCGGUUUGCUGCCAAACUCAUCGAGGGUGUAUUGGAUUUCAAGUCCAUGAUUGACAAUGAGACGCUGCCAGUUGAGUUCCUGGGAGGACAGCCGCUGUGCAUGAACCAGUAUUAUCAGAUCCUGUCUUCUUGCCGUGUGCCCGGCCCCAAGCAGGACUCAGUGGUGAACUUCUUAAAGUCAAAGAGACCACCCACGCAUAUAACCGUGGUGCAUAACUACCAGUUCUUCGAGCUGGAUGUGUACCACAGUGACGGAACACCGCUCACCUCAGAUCAGAUCUUUGUGCAGCUAGAGAAAAUAUGGAAUUCCUCACUGCAAUCCAACAAAGAGCCUGUUGGCAUCCUAACCUCCAACCACCGAAACACCUGGGCCAAGGCCUACAACAACCUCAUUAAAGACAAAGUUAACCGAGAGUCAGUGAACUCCAUACAGAAGAGCAUCUUCACCGUGUGCCUGGACAAGCAAGUGCCUAGAGUCUCAGAUGAUGUCUACCGAAACCACGUAGCAGGCCAGAUGCUACAUGGUGGUGGUAGCAAGUUCAACAGUGGCAACCGCUGGUUUGACAAGACACUGCAGUUCAUCGUGGCAGAAGACGGCUCCUGUGGGAUGGUGUAUGAGCAUGCAGCUGCAGAAGGGCCCCCCAUAGUUGCACUUGUGGACCAUGUCAUGGAGUAUACAAAAAAGCCUGAGCUUGUGCGGUCUCCUAUGGUGCCCUUGCCAAUGCCCAAGAAGCUGCGGUUCAACAUCACACCUGAGAUCAAGAACGACAUAGAGAAAGCCAAACAGAACCUCAGCAUCAUGAUCCAGGACCUGGACAUCAUGAUGCUGACGUUCCAUCACUUUGGAAAGGACUUCCCCAAGUCCGAGAAGCUAAGCCCUGAUGCCUUCAUCCAGGUAGCCCUGCAGCUGGCAUACUACAGGAUCUAUGGGCAGGCGUGUGCCACGUAUGAAAGUGCCUCUCUGCGCAUGUUUCACCUGGGCCGCACUGACACCAUCCGCUCAGCCUCCAUAGACUCGCUGGCCUUUGUCAAAGGCAUGGGUGACUCCACAGUGCCGGAGCAGCAGAAGGUGGAGCUGCUCCGGAAGGCUGUGCAGGCCCACCGAGCCUACACUGACCGGGCCAUCCGAGGGGAGGCCUUUGACCGGCACCUGCUGGGUCUGAAGCUGCAGGCCAUCGAGGACCUGGUCAGCAUGCCUGACAUCUUCAUGGACACCUCUUACGCCAUUGCUAUGCACUUCAACCUCUCUACCAGCCAGGUCCCUGCCAAGACAGACUGUGUCAUGUUCUUCGGACCUGUGGUCCCAGAUGGUUAUGGCAUCUGCUACAACCCCAUGGAGGCCCAUAUCAACUUCUCCGUGUCAGCCUACAACAGCUGUGCUGAGACCAACGCUGCCCGCAUGGCUCACUACUUGGAGAAAGCUCUGCUGGACAUGCGCACCCUACUCCAGAACCACCCCAGGGCCAAGCUCUGAGCCCAGGCCCAGACCUGCCACUUCCACAGCCAAACCCACUUUGGGAUGGACACUUGCCAUGGCUCACUUCCUUGGCUCCCGUGCCCUCCAGUUUGAGCCAGAAAAGCAUUCUCUAGCAAGGCCCCAACGUCCACACCAAGUGCCUUCCAGGCCCUGUCCUUAGCACCUGCCGGAGUCCAUGUGCAGGGCUGAGUCCAGAGGCUGAACAAGACUACGGCCCAGGUUCCCAAUGUAUCAUCCACUCCAUGAACCAUGGAGAAGAGAGCCAGUCCAGCCCAUCCCUUCUCACAGCAGGAGCCGGGAAGAGUUCCUUUCCUCAGCCUGGCCAAUCUCUUGUCAUCUCCACAGCCAGGCCAAAAUCUGUCUUCAUUGGUAAAUGCCCAAGGACCAGCGGUGGGAGGAUUAUCUAUCAGUGAGGGCUCUCAACCUCCCCAUAGCUAAGGGUUAAGUCUUUGUAGCCAAAGGGACAUCUGAGGCCCAGCCUCCACCAGCCCACCUCAAGGUGCCAUCUCCCUGCUGCCACACUCUGGUGACUCUUGAGCCCCAGACUUAUUGCUUCCAUUCAGUGUGAUUCUUGCUGCAGUCAUGGUGGUAUAAUGUGAUUAUGCCAGGUGAUCAAUAAAGGGAAGAAGUGCUGGUGACCUUGAUUCAGCUGAGGGGCAAGCAGGGCAGAUGUCUGGCCCUGCCAUUUUCUACCUGUCUCUGGUUCAGGGAGCUUGUAUCCAAGCAGGCAGUGUGGGCCAGCAAGCUCCCAGAGACAACAUCCUCAGGCUGAGCUGUGACAACUAAGGCAUUGAGCCAAGGAUGUCGCCAAACCCUAAUGAGCCACCUUCCUGUCCUGGAUUAGGCCUUCCCAAGUCCCAUGGUUAGUGCAGUGCUAUGGAUCUGGGGUGGCAAACACUCCUCAGCCCAAAGCCAGGUGCAGCUGGCCUCCACUGAACUCAAUAGGAGGGGCAAUGGAGCAGGGACACACUAGCAGCCCAGUCAAUACAAACAGAUGCUGACUGGAAGUGGGCUGGAGGAGCUGUCACUAUCAGGUCCCCAACCUUGACACCUGCUAGAGGGUACAUGUCCUGCGGAAGCCCCUGGGUACAUAUGUGCUUGGAAUGUGGGGCCGGGAGGCUGGCACCCCUGUGAAGUGCUCCGUGACCUGACUGACCUGUGGUCACCUGAGGCAGGGCCUGCAACAUAGGAUGAAACUACCUCAGAGAAGCUAACGUCACUGCUACUAAAUGACAGGCUCCCAAGAGUACAUUAGUCAUCUGUAAGGCAGGGAAGGGCUUGAGACUCUGAAGCUCAGCUCACCCAGGCUCACACCACAUCCCUCAGCCAUCCCAGGGCAGCAAGUAUACAGAAAGGAACUGUCUAGUCAGGGUGCUAGCAGGGGCUAACCAGAUUUCCCCAGGAUGUAUCCUAGUUCUGACCAGGCCACAGAAAAGACCUGAACUCCACUGUAACUAAAAAACUGUUAGUAAUUUGAAGUCUAGAAUACAUUCUUUCUCCUGGGGGUCACUACUAGUUAGAAGUUAUAAUCCAACUGCUUCAGCAGGCUUCCCACAUGUAAGUGUGUAUCUCCCAUAUACUCCCACCCAGAGGGUGUAGCACAUAACCUGCCAGGAAAGGAAAGCCAGCCUGUGCGCACUCAGUGCUGCAUGGCCUCUGGUCAUCAGCUUGGUGGCGGGCAGUUCUUCUAAGGCAGAAGUCUCCUCACUGAGGCAGACAAUGCAUGUGGAGUUGGAUAUGGAAGCCUUGUGAAGGGCAGACCUCCCCAGGCCUCAGGACUAUUCUGUGGAGGAAAACCUGGCCGGAGGCAGGCUGGCAGGGAGGGAGGGUUUUUGACAGUAGCACAGACCAGACAUAGCGGCAUAGCUAUGUACCAGAGUGUACCAGAGGCUGGCAGGCAGUGGCAGAUGUUGGGGUCAUUCAAAUCCUCACUUUGGGGGGCUAAAGGGAACAAAAAUAUCCUGGAAAUGCCUGUGACUUCAUGGUCUUACCACAUCCUUGUCUCUGAGCCUCCUUUCAGAAGCUCAAGUAAUGUAUGCUCAGCCUCCAGAGUUUCAGAUUUUAUUUUAAAACAAUAGUAAACAAUUUCAUUUGAUUUCUUAAA